AUGUUAAAGUGGAUAAAAGGUGGGCUUUCUGCAGUCACCGGGAUGGCUGAACCUGAAUACGGGAAGGAUUAUAUUCAUAGUGUUUCUGAUAGGGUAAAAAAUAAACAGCCUUACAGAGAAACUACCCGUGAAGAUUUUUUCUGGCAAGCUCCUGAUCACACCAACGUCGAAACAGUUAUUUGUUAUUUUAGUGAUUUGAAAACCGGUAUUUUUGGUUUUGCCGAGAUUAUACACUCGAACAUCAUCGGUUUGCAUACCGCAUCGCAAUUUAUCUUCAGAAUUUUUGACUCGAAGAACCCAGAGGAUCUAAAUAUUUGGACAUCGACCAAAUUGGAUAAUUUCUACAUCAAAGAUGCGAAUUAUUACGCUGACAAUCUUUCUUUUGAAUUGAGUGAAGAUGGAGAGAGUUAUCACAUUCAAUCCAGUGUCUGUGACCAAUCUGUUGUUGACUUGCAUAUAAAAAGAUUGACUCCUGGUGCUAAGAUGGGUGAUGACCCUGCCACCUAUUACGGUAACAACUUGGAUGAACCUUGGGGUAGCAUGAGACACGUUUUCUGGCCAAGAAAUGCUUGUCACGGUACCAUCAAAGUUAAGAAGGAAAUCGUUCCAGGAUCAGACGGCCAGGAAAGCUCUGGUGAUGAAGAAGAAGAAGGUGAUGAAGAUGAUGACGAAGAAGAAUCUGGAGAUUCUGAAGAGGAUUCUGACAGUGAAGAAGAAAGUGACGGAGAAGAACCUGAGGUCGCCUAUGAAGAUCGGACUAUAAUAUUCAAAGAGGAAGAUCCUGUGAUGUCUACGUUAAUAAUGGCUUUUCAAGGUAUGAAACCUCAUCACGCGGCUAAAGCAUGGAAUUUCUUGUAUUUCCACUCAGAAAAAUAUUCUGCUCUAUUGAUGGAAUUCACUACACCAAAAUCCUACGCCAACACUAAGAUUUCUGCCGGUAUUGUUACUGACGAGAAAGAAGUCUUGGCCUUAACAACUAACAAUGAUGUGGAGCAUUUGGACUCGGAAGUCGAUUCCGUUGGCUGGAAAGUUCCAAAGUCUAUCAAAAUUACUUUAAAUGGUAUUCAAGCUAAAGUAAAGGAUGAAGAAUUGGAGGCUGAGAACAACGCUGAAGGAGACGACAAAUCGGCAAAGAAAGACGAUGGAGAAGAAGAAGAAGAAUAUAAGAAUGUUGCACAAGAAAAUAAGUUCAAUGCUGUCAUUGAAGGUCCAUUGAAUAAUAUGGUCGAAAGAAUUGAUGUCAUGGGUGAAGUUCCAAAUUUUGUCAAGAAUAUCGUCUCUGGUGUUGCUGGUACUAAACCAUACAUUUACCAAUAUGCUAAUCCAAAGGACUUCACUUUACAAAUAAACGGCGGUGAAAAAAUCCACGGUGUAGCUUGGACAGAAGUAACAUUUAUUUCCGAAUCGGACGAUGUAAGUGAAGAGUCUUACAACGAAGCAUAA